GUCGGAUCGUCGCGCAGAAUAGACGCACAUUGCAUAUCGUCCUCCACGCCCGUUUCAGUCAGAGUUUUGGGUGUUCGGGUUCGGUUAUUAUUACAGCAGAGCAGUCGAAGCAACAACAACAACAACGAGUGACUGUGAAGCAAGUUCUUUAAUUGCUGCUGGAAGAAAGAAGAGAGGAAACAGCAGCAGCAGAGCAGAUACCAAGAAUUACCGAACGUAGCGCGCGGGGCAGCAGAAGUGAAGAACAACAUGAAAAUUAUAACAACCUCUUCUUGUGUCGUCGUCGAACGAAACGAAAUGUGGGCUCCCGUGUGAAAUGAACUGAAUAAUAAAAGCAGGCCCCAGAAAGCUCUCGCGGAGCGGAAAAGAAGUUUUUGGAGUAGCUGUGAAGAAAAAAAAUGAAAUAAUCAACGAACGGGGUGAAAGAUUGGAAAAUCGUGUGCCGUUUUGUGUACGAGUUGGGGUUUGACCAGCAUUUCGGAGUUCGGGUUCGAGUUCCGUUUCCGAUUCGGAACCACACACACAGAAAAUCGAUAACAGCAGCAGCAGCAAACGAGAGUAGCGGCAGGCAGCACUCUCGGGAAGAAGCGAAGCAAGCAGUUCAAAAAUGUUUAAUUUAUGAUAGCGAAGAAACGUAGUUUGAAGCUAGCGAUAGGCAAAUAGUGGUCUCGAAGUGUAGUUCGAGGCGAGUUUGUUUGGUGACUCUGAGGAAAAGAGGAAGAAAACACGCAAGAAAUGGAGCACCUCAGGACUCUGGUGGUGCUGGGGGCGCUGCUGACGGUGGCGUUCGGCUCGCAGUGCAACUGGGAGUACGAGAAGGCCAGUGUGACGUGCCGUCUGCGGACAAUCGAGCGCACCGGGCUGGACCUACAAGGGGCCGAGGGCGCGUCCCGGCUGGACGUUCAGUGUAGUGAGUUGAUUCUGUUCGAAAGUCAAUUACCGGCGCAGAAUUCGUUUGUGCGGCUCGCGAGCUUGAGCGAGCUGAAGAUUGAAGCCUGCAAGCUGUUGCAGCUUCCGGAGGGAGCGUUCGACGGGCUGUUGGGUCUGAAGAAGCUCAGUGUAAACACCCGGAACUACGAGUGGGGUGCGGGGAAAGUGCUGGAACUGCAAAGUGCGUCGAUGCAGGGACUGAAGGAACUGCAGUCGCUGGACUUGAGUGAUAACAACAUUCGUGGCCUGCCGGAGGGCUUUCUGUGUCCGCUGACAAACUUGAAAGUGCUCAACCUGACGAACAAUCGCAUUCGGGCCACCGAGAGUCUGGGUCUCGCGGGGAAGACGUGCAGUGGUGGGUCGGAAGUGCAAACGCUCAACCUGAGCUAUAACGAGAUUAUGAAGAUUCCGGAAAAUUGGGGUGUGUCUCGGCUGCGCCGAUUGCAGCACCUGAACCUCGAGUACAACAACAUUACGGAGUUGCACGGUGAAGCGCUGGCUGGUUUGAGUUCGCUGCGGACACUCAAUCUCAGCUACAACCAUCUGGAAACGCUGCCGGCUGGCCUGUUGGCGGGUUCCCGCGAGCUGCGCGAAAUCCACCUUCAAGGCAACCAGCUGUACGAGCUUCCACGGGGACUGUUCCACCGGCUGGAGCAGCUGCUGGUGCUGGACCUGUCCCGCAACCAGCUGUCCUCGCACCACGUCGACAACGGAACCUUCUCCGGGUUGAUCCGUCUGGUCGUGCUUAAUCUCGCCCAUAAUGCGCUCACCCGCAUCGACUCGAAAACGUUCAAGGAGCUGUACUUCCUGCAAAUUUUGGACCUCCGCAACAACUCGAUCGGCUACAUCGAGGACAACGCGUUCCUGCCGCUGUACAAUUUGCACACGCUCAAUCUGGCCGAAAACCGCCUCCACACGUUGGACGACCGGCUGUUUAACGGCCUCUACGUGCUGUCCAAGCUGACCCUGAACAACAAUUUGAUCAGCAUCGUCGAGCGUAAUGUGUUUAAAAAUUGCUCCGACCUCAAAGAGCUCGAUCUAAGCUCGAACCAGCUUAGCGAAGUGCCCCAUGCCAUUCGUGAUUUGUCGGUGCUGCGAGCGCUGGAUUUGGGCGAAAACCAAAUUAACUACAUCGAGAACGGAACGUUCUCCAACCUGAACCAACUGACCGGACUUCGCAUGAUCGACAAUCAGAUCGAGAAUAUUACCAUCGGCAUGUUUACCGACCUGCCACGGCUCAGUGUGCUGAAUCUGGCGAAGAACCGCGUCCAGAACAUCGAGCGGGGCUCGUUUGACAAAAAUUUGGACAUCGAGGCGAUUCGGCUGGACGGAAACUUCCUGACCGACAUAAAUGGAAUUUUCGCCACGCUCUCGUCACUGCUGUGGCUUAACCUGGCCGAGAACCAUCUGGUGUGGUUCGAUUACGCGUUCAUCCCGAGCAAUCUCAAGUGGUUGGACAUCCACGGUAAUUACAUCGAGUCGCUGGGCAACUACUACAAGCUGCAGGAGGAAAUCAAAGUGAAAACGCUGGACGCGAGCCACAACCGCCUCACCGACAUUGGCCCGAUGAACGUGCCGAACAGUGUGGAGCUGCUAUUUAUCAACGAUAACCACAUUAGCACCAUCCACGCGAACACGUUCAUCGAUAAAAUUAAUUUGGAGCGCGUUGAUCUGUACGCUAAUUCGCUGAAAAAGCUGCAGCUGCACCAGCUCCGGGUGGCACCGCAGCCAGCGGACAAACCACUGCCCGAGUUCUACCUCGGUGGAAACCCGUUCGAGUGUGACUGCUCGAUGGAGUGGAUGCAGCGGGUAAACAAUCUGACCGCCCGGCAGCACCCGAAAAUCAUGGACCUGCCCAACGUGGAGUGUAUCAUGCCACACGCGCGGGGCUCCCCGGUUCGGCCGAUCGUGUCCCUGAAACCAAAGGACUUUCUGUGUAAAUACGAAACGCACUGUUUCGCCCUGUGCCAUUGCUGUGAUUUUGACGCGUGUGACUGUGAGAUGACCUGUCCGACCAAUUGUACGUGCUACCACGACCAAACCUGGGGCACGAACGUGGUCGACUGCGGGAACCAGCGGGCCGCACUCGCGAAACCGGUUCCGAUGGACGCGACCGAGGUGUACAUGGACGGCAACGACUAUCCGGAGCUGCAGAACCAUGUCUUUAUCGGACGCAAAAAUCUGAAAGUGCUGUUUGCGAACGCGAGCAAGAUUAUCACGAUCCAAAAUCGCACCUUUGCCGGAUUGACCGCCCUUCAGGUGCUCCAUCUGGAAGAUAACGCCAUCCAAAAGAUUCACGGUUACGAGUUUGAGAAUCUGGGCCUGCUGAAGGAGCUGUACCUGCAGAACAACAUGAUCUCGGUGAUCGCGAACAACUCGUUCGCCCCGCUGUACUCGCUGCAGGUGCUCCGGAUCGAUGGCAACCGGUUGACCACGAUUCCGAUGGCCCAGCUUCAGGCCACGCAGCUGCAAAGCUUGCAGGCGCUCUCACUGGGGCGUAAUUACUGGAGCUGUCGGUGUCGGUUUAUGCAGGAGCUGACGUCGUUCGUCGCCGACAACGCCGUCAUUAUCCAAGACAUGCAGGACAUUUACUGCGUCGACGAUGGCAUCCACCGCGAUCUGGACUUUAACGUGACGGCUAGCUGCAGUGAUUACUACGCGGGCAGUUCAGUGCUGCCGGAUCGGCUGUCCGAAACGUACAUCUUCCUGCUGGCCGCGGCCCUCAUCAUCGCGUGCCUGCUAGUGUUUGUGCUCGUGAUGUUUAUCUUUCGUGAACCGUUGAGGUUCUGGCUGUUUUCCCGGUACGGAGUGCGAGUGUUUGGUCCGCGAUGUGAAGAUUCGGAAAAACUGUACGACGCCAUCUUUAUCUACUCGGCGAAGGACGCCGAGUACGUAGCGCGGAACAUUGCCGCCGAGUUGGAAAAUGGACGGCCUCCGCUGCGGUUGUGCCUUCAGCAUCGUGACCUCUCUGAGGACGCCUCGCACCUGCAGUUGCUGGAGGCUUCCCGUGCCUCGCGCCGGAUAGUGAUGCUCCUGUCGCGUAACUUCCUCCAAACCGAGUGGAGCCGGUGCGAACUUCGGCGGGCGGUGCACGAUGCCCUGCGAGGUCGACCCCACAAGCUGGUGGUGCUGGAGGAAGUGGGCGUCCUUCUGGAGGCGGAAAACGACGUCGAGCUAGUUCCUUACCUGAAGACGGCCACCGUCAACCGGAUCAAGCGCAGCGAUCGGCACUUUUGGGAAAAGCUGCGGUACGCCCUGCCCGUGGAGGCGCCCUACCGGGGCAACAACUACACCAUCGACCACCACGAGCGGGUCAAGCAGACAAGCGGCGCCAACGGCCCCGCUGGAGUCAUGUUCCGGCAGGCACCCCCCGCCUACUGUCCAGAAAUCGACGAGGCCAACUACUCUUCGGCGACCACGGCCACCCCCAGUCCACGACCAUCGCGCCGUGGCAUGGUCGAGCUGCCCCAGCGACCGCCGAGUGAACACAUCUACUCCAGCAUCGAUUCCGACUACAGCACGCUGGAGUGCGAAAACAUGGUUCCCGGAGUGCACCGACCGUCGUCAACGUGGCGACCCGGUGGCGGUGGUGGCCAGAACACCAUGCCCCAUGGACACCACGUGCAGGCGUACCUGGUCUAGGGGCGGCUUCCCAGGUCCCGGACCGCCUCGAUGACCACCGCCAGAAAGCGGCACCGAAAUAGUCAAGUGAUGUAGAAUAUGUCGCGAAUGUGUGUGUAAAUAGUUAGUCUGUACCAUAUUACUGUAGCGCUAUGUGAAGUGGAAAAUUAAUCGAAAGAAUUUAAAGUCGGUGAACAAGCGGGAGAGAAGGUGGAAAAAAGUGCUAAAUUAUGUAUAAAGAGAUGAAACUCGGAGUAUUAGGAGGUGAAGUUGUUACACGCUACCCUACAAAACAUGAAAAGCAAGUGAAGACGAGGUGAAAAAUAUUUGUGAUAUCGUAUUUUAUAAGUUUUAAUGAUAAUAAUGCUGCAGCAAACAAAAUGACAACCGAUAUAGUUUGGGAAAACCACUCGAGAAAAAAAUACUGCUACCGCAAAAAAAAUACUACUAACUACUAUUGCCACACAACAACCACAAAAAAAAACUGAAACACACAAACGCAAAAAAAGUAAUAGUUUUUUACACUGCUCCAUAGAGGUAAACAAAACGAAAAAAACGUGCAUUUUAAUUACAGUUUUAAAUAUUUAAAUUACCAAUAGUUAGAGUGAAGUGCAAACUGUGCGCUGGCAGCAACAAAAAGUGUUCCGAACAAAUGAGGUUAUGUUUUUGCGUUACACUCUAAAAACGAAAAGAAAUAGAAUCAAAAUUUAACCCGAAAAAAACGAUAAACGAGGUAUUAAAGUUUGCUCAUUAAGUUUGUGUAAAAAUUGAAGUUUCGGAAACAACAAAACAAAACGUGACAGUUCUAAUCCUGCUUGUUGUUUGUGCGUCCUUUUUCCCUGGGUUUCUUUAUUGUUUUCGCUGUAAUUAUUAUUUAAAUUAUUUAUUGCUAUUUAAUUGGGUGGACGCUCUCAUUUUCCGUUUGUUUGCGAACGUAAAAUGAAGUGUGCGAGAGAAAAAAAAAACAAAUUGAAGGGAGUGUUUGAGGCAUACAAACUAACUGUUGGUUUAGUGUUUAGGGCUUUUUGCUAUCAUGCGCAAAAAUCGUUGAACUAAAAUUUAACACUUACACACAAAAAAGGAGUAAUGAAUGAAAAUUGUGCCGCAAUGCGAUGGAAAGGGACUGAUACGAGCGAAUAUUAGUGUUAAAUAUUGAACCUGCAGCAGCUGUAUGAUAAAACGGUUAUUUUUCACAAACACAGGAAAAAAACACUGUAAAUAUUGAUGCCUACCUAGGGAAAACAGAGACAAACAUACGAGCUGAAGGCAUGCACAUACAAACACAAAAACACACACACAAAUGCAAACUAUGUAAAAAGUAUUAAUGUUAAGGAGAAAGAGCUAUAGCGCGCGCCGAGAAAGCAGAAGAAGAAAGCUAAAGAGUUAUCAUACACAAAAGUCGAGCAAAACUAGGAGCAGAUUCUAUAAGAGAGUAAUACACAGCCAGAGCAAAUCGUGUGACCAGACUGACUAAUUAAAAUGUUACACCUUAACCUGUGUGUAUAUAUUAAGGCAGAAAUGAAUCAGAUCAGAAGAAACCCGAUAAGUGAAUAAAACAGAACAUCAAAAAACUCGUGAAAACAAACAAACUAAACCAAGCUUCUUUUCUGUAAGUCAAAACAAGCCAGAGCUACACAAA